GUUUUAUAUCUCAUUUGUGUUCUUAUUAUAUGCAUAUUAAUCUGCUAAGCCGCUCACAUCCAUUUUAUACAGGUAGUCACACAAAACACAUAGUGUUCUCAUGGCCUGCGCUCAUUACCUCAUCUACACAUACCUCACAACUGAUAAGCAGCUCAAGGAGAGUACUCAAACUACAGCAACAUCCUGCUUACAGCAGCUGGUUGACCUUCACAACGAACAAAGGCCCACUUCUCACAUCGGCGGGUGCCACCCCACUUUGCUGAUUGGUCCUCAGGGACUACAACACCACACCUCCAGAGACAUCUAAUUGGUCCUCGGGGACUACAACACCACACCUUCAGCGGCAUCUGAUUGGCUCUCCAACAUCUACAGUGACGGGCGCUGUCUUCUCCCAUUGGCUGAGGAUCAACAUGCAUUUGCAUCUACAAAUGUAUAAAGGCCGGGCAGGGAUAGUUAGCUGUGCUCUUCCUGUCUGACCCUGUAUUAAGACCAACCUCUGUGUAGGCCUAUAGGGAAAGACGCUAGGCCCGGAGCUCCGAUUGUAUUAGGUUUGUUUGUCAGGGAUAAAUAUAUCUAUGGCUUGCUCAGAAAGUCUCAUGUAGUAUUUCUCCUCCGACUUCGACACCCACAAGGAUCAGGGAAUCCUUCAACUUGGCGCCCAACGUGGUUGGAGGGGGAUAGUGGUGUCUUAGUGAUCGAAUUCUCACUUCGGUGAUCGAAUUCUCACUCGACCUGUGACGACAAUACUUCGAUCUUCCACUUGGCCGGCCAUCUAAAAGGUAACGCAGGAAACCUGUUACAUACGAAUUUCUGCUAUUGAUGAUAUCAAAUUGAAAGUGGAAGUAAGAAUAUUGUGGUAUAUUCACAGGUUUCGUUAAUAUCAAUUAUAUUUGUUUUAAUUGUAGUUCUAAUCAGUGUCGCUUGUUGCUUAUUUUACCUAUUUCUUUCCUAUUUUAUAUUACUUACAUUGUAUUGAAGAUAGUGACGUCACGUGGUCUGGGACCACAGUGGUCAGGGACCACAGUAGUCUGGGACUACUAAACCGGAACGCGUAAGUGGUCGGGGACCACCGUAGUCGGGGACUACGAGUAGUAAAGGGGCAGAACGUCUACCGGGACAGUAACGCUUUUACUACAGGGGCCGGGGUUGGGGUCGCUCCCCAAUCAUCGCUCCAAAUAAGGACUGGGUCCUACUGAUUAUAUCAGGGCAGGUAUUGGAUAUCGCUGAAUAAUCGGGUUCGGUAAAUUCUACACCAAAUAGCGGUGAUAAAUAGAAUUUGCAUGAAUGCUUGGUAGUCCACUAACGGGCAGUGGAUGAACACUUCUUAGCGUUUAACUUUUUGGACCUUCUCGAAAUUACAUAGUGGGUGGGUGACCAGACCUUAAGUCUAAUAACCGUCGUGAAUAAAGUUGUGUCUGACAGAAUAUUGGCAACUGUGGUUCGGGAGACGUCGUUCUCCACUGUCAGACACCUAAAAGCAGUGUUUUUUUAUCUUGGCCUUGCUUAUUUGUGCUUUGUCUUGAAUAUUGGUGUUCGUAUUUGUCUAUUUGUAUUGUUGUUUGGGUGAAGUUGUAAGAAUGUAUGGUGAGUUUGACAGGGAGUGUAAUGAAUGGGAUAUGUGUGGGGGCGCCCCGGUGAUGAGUGGUUCCGAGUUGUUAGACUUGGUGGAAAAAACAGGUAGUGAGUAGUGGAAAGACAAGUGUCGAGUGGUCGUGAUGAAAAGGAUAAAGACAAGGACAAGAAAGUUAUGUAGAAAAUUUGGACAGAAUGUGGCGGUGAGCAUUGUAGAAAUAUAGUGGAAGUGCAGGGAAAGAUAAGGAAAAGGGAAGUUGACAUAGUGAAAGAAAUGUCGAGAUUAGAAGUAGAUAUCGAACAGGCGAGUGUGUUGAAGAGAGGCAAGCUGAAACAGGAAUUAAAAGAGUUGGAUGAACUACGGCGAAUGAUACAUUUAAUGGGGAUGGCCAGUUUGGCUUUGGCUGCCCCCUACGUAUAUGGCUAAAGUUACAUCAGGCAAAAAGAAGUCGGCGCCUCCGACCGCGCCGCCGCCGUAUGUUCAUACACAGAGUGGUAUUUAUCCCACUCUCUAUUUCAAGGCGAAUUGGACUUGAACGGAGAUGACGUAGCCACUCCGAUCCCCACAUUGCAACAAGCUAGACAACGUCACCCCGCGGAAACCGCGCCACCGGUUGGUGACCCUUCCACUGUACCUCGCACAGAGGCUGAAUGGAACAUAUCACAAGUCAGACUAGCACAGGCGGGAGGAACCAAGACCGGAGAUUGUUUGGCAUGCAUGGGUGCCAGACCAUUGUUGCGUGUUGUCCCCACUGCGAUCACUGAGCAGUGUGUCAUCCAGUUGAUGAACACUUCCACCGCCUCCUCGACCAGCACCAGUUCAGCAGGUUCCCCAAAGUGUACCCAAUUUGACCUCGUUCAUCCAGUCAUCUCUGAAAUGUGCGGCAGGCCUAUUUUCAAUAGCUUGGUGGUAUCCAAUAAUUUUACUUGCUUUAAUGUCUCCACAGGAAACCUGUUUGUGCAGCCUGGCGUCAAUGCAUCUUGGUGUCUAAAUACCACUCAGGUGGGCGGCUACUUUAAGCCGGUUAUUCGUGCGGAUGUCUGGUGGUGGUGUGGCGGUUCCGGUGUCACAGAUAGGUUGCCCACUAACAACAUGACUGGCCUUUGUGCCCUGGUUUCAUUUAUACUGCCUAUGGCUAUUUUGCCUUUGGACAUUGAUCAUUUGAUUCAUAGUGCAACCUCUGUGGGAUCGCACCUCAUGACCACCUCGUCCCACUGUUCCAAACGUGAUACAUCUUCUCCUUGGUUGGAGGCUCCUAAUCCGACAUACAUUGACGCCAUUGGAGUGCCUCGUGGUGUUCCUGACGAAUAUAAAUUGACUAAUCAAGUCACUGCUGGAUUCGAAUCUAUCUUGCCGUGGGUUACAGUUAAUAAAAAUGUUGAUCGCAUUAAUUACAUUCAUUACAACUUGCAGCGUUUAUCCAAUCAGACCGAGGAAGCCUUCAGAGCGGUGAGCGACCAAUUACGAGCCACAUCUCUCAUGGCCUUCCAGAAUCAUAUUGCCCUAGACAUGUUAUUGGCUGAAAAACAUGGAGUUUGUGCAAUGAUUGGCACUGAAUGUUGCACACUUAUUCCUAAUAAUACUGCACCGGGUGGCCGACUGACCCAUGCCAUCAAUGGUCUCAAAGCACUUAACGUGCGAAUGAAAUCGCAUGUGGGAGUGGACACCAGCCUUUGGGACCGGUUGACGAGCUUCUUUGGUAAAUGGCAAAAAAUUGGCUUCUGGAAUUAUUAUUGCGGUUAUGGUUUUCUUCAUUUUCUUUGCCUUGUUUGCGUGUUGUUGUAUACCUUGUUUUAAGUGCCUUUUCCAGCCUGCCACAAUAGGCCUUUUUGGCGAUGGUCGAGGUCAGUACCAACUGAUCCGGCUUCCGCCACUUCCUGAGGGGGACACGCGAGCUGUGCUUCCUGAUCCUGAAAAAUAAAGUACUAUCUCCUACUGUGUGUUUCUUUGGCCUCUUUCGAGGCCAUGAGGGGGAAUGAAGGGUUUUAUAUCUCAUUUGUGUUCUUAUUAUAUGCAUAUUAAUCUGCUAAGCCGCUCACAUCCAUUUUAUACAGGUAGUCACACAAAACACAUAGUGUUCUCAUGGCCUGCGCUCAUUACCUCAUCUACACAUACCUCACAACUGAUAAGCAGCUCAAGGAGAGUACUCAAACUACAGCAACAUCCUGCUUACAGCAGCUGGUUGACCUUCACAACGAACAAAGGCCCACUUCUCACAUCGGCGGGUGCCACCCCACUUUGCUGAUUGGUCCUCAGGGACUACAACACCACACCUCCAGAGACAUCUAAUUGGUCCUCGGGGACUACAACACCACACCUUCAGCGGCAUCUGAUUGGCUCUCCAACAUCUACAGUGACGGGCGCUGUCUUCUCCCAUUGGCUGAGGAUCAACAUGCAUUUGCAUCUACAAAUGUAUAAAGGCCGGGCAGGGAUAGUUAGCUGUGCUCUUCCUGUCUGACCCUGUAUUAAGACCAACCUCUGUGUAGGCCUAUAGGGAAAGACGCUAGGCCCGGAGCUCCGAUUGUAUUAGGUUUGUUUGUCAGGGAUAAAUAUAUCUAUGGCUUGCUCAGAAAGUCUCAUGUAGUAUUUCUCCUCCGACUUCGACACCCACAAGGAUCAGGGAAUCCUUCAACUGUUACUAACAUUAAAAACUAGAGAAGCAUUCGGAGAGCGUAGACCUCCGCCAGGCGCCAUAGUUCCCCCAUAUUGUGA